AGUAAGAUAGAUAGAGGCAAGAGCAGGGGAGGGAAUUAGAUAGAGAUUAAGAUAUGGAGAGAGAGUGUGAGUAAAGUGAAAGAGUAAGAGUGCGAGGGAGUGAGUUGACGGAACUGCAAGAUGGCGCCGUCGAGUAAAUCCGUGAAAGACGAAGAAACUGAAGUUUGUGGUACAGAAAACAAGAACUACCCCAUCAGUACCCGCAACCUACCUACUGGAUGGAGACGAUGCGUUGUCCAAAGAACAAAUGGAAAAAGCGCCGGAAAGUUUGAUGUUUACUUUUACAGUCCUGAAAAUAAAAGAUUUCGGUCAAGAGUAAAACUAAUGGAAUUUUUUACUGAGAAGAGCCUCAACUUCAAUAUUGAUGACUUUGAGUUUAAUUCAAAGAGUUCUUCAUCGUUUACAACACAAGCAAAGCCCAAAAAAAGUUCCAAAGUUGUGGCAAAGCCACCACAACCUGUAAAGAAGAGUUCCAAAAAGUUGCCAAAACUGGUUAUAAAAUUGGCAUUCCCGGUGCCUUUGAAAUAUAAAGAUUUGUAUCCUCUUCAGUUUAACAUUUGGAAUUAUUUUGAAGACUGGGUUAGUAUUGUAGAGAAUGGAGAUCUUAAAACACGAGAUGGGGUAACGAACCGGAUUCGAACAACUCUAAAAGAACUAAUGUUAAAAGAUUUGGAAGCUUUUGAAACGACUUUGAAGAAAGAAACGGUUAAUUCUGUGAAACCAAUCAAGAAAACUGAUAAUUCUAAAGUUAAGCAGAAACAAGCUUUAUCCGAAAAUACUAAAUUAAAAGAGAAAAAUACCUCCAAUUCUUCAAAAGUAGCAAAUUCUGUUAGUCCUGAUAAGAAAAAUGUGUCUCUUUGUACAGAUUCCAAAACAUUGGCAUCACAAUCUCACCUCAAAGAGAAUGGUUCCCCAAAAUUAAAAGUGAAAAAUGCCACCAAUUCUUCAAAAGAGACUAACUCUGUUAGUCUCAGUUCCAAUAAGAAACUUAUCACCAAUUCUUCGAAAGUAACAAACUCUGUUAGUUCUGAUAAGAAAAACAUGCCUUUGUGUUCAGAUUCCAAAACAUUGGCAUCACAAUCUCAUCUCAAAGAGAAUGGUUCACCAUCCUUGGCCAGUUUCCUUUCCAAAAAAAGGAAACUGGAAAAGGAGUGUGGCCCUGAAUUGUUAAAAGACUUGCAUCCCAAUAAAAUGGCUAAAGUUGCUGCUGGCGGUGAUGAAGAUAAUGGUGAUGCUGAUAAUUGCAAAGUGGCCGAUGCCAAAAGUUGUCAAAAUUCCUCCAUUAAAGAAACUAAAUCAAAGCCCAAAAGUCCAAAAUCACUGCAGAAAAGUAAAUAUUUCCAGAAGAAAGAUGACAAAAUGACGUCAUUGGCCCAGCCUCGAAUUCUCAGCCAAACAAAAUGGACACCCCCGAAAUCGCCAUUCUGCCUUGUCCAAGAAAGUCUCUUCCACGACCCAUGGAAAUUAUUGAUUGCUACGAUAUUUCUUAAUAAAACUACAGGCAAAGCUGCGAUUCCUUUGUUGUGGAAAUUCUUUGAUCUCUACCCUGAUGCUGAUACCACAAGAAAAGCUAAUUGGCAAGAAAUAGCACGUUUGAUAACUCCACUUGGUCUUAAUGAAAAACGCUCCAAGAUAAUCAUCCGAUUUUCAGAGGAAUAUCGUCUGAAGAACUGGAAAUAUCCUGAUGAAUUAUAUGGUAUUGGAAAAUAUGGCAAUGAUUCUUACAGAAUAUUUUGUAUCAAUGAAUGGAAACAGGUGAUACCUACUGACCAUAAACUCAACGACUACCAUAAAUGGUUAUGGGACAAUCAUGAACGACUUGGAAUCUAAACACAUAUCCAAAAUACCUCCACGUCUCCAGAAUAUCGGAAUUUACAUUUCCACUUGGCAGGAGUAAUACAACCCAACCCUCUGCUCCUCUUCUGUCCUCCAUGUCGACUUUCAGCUUGGCUUUCUAGGAAUUUUGUGAUAUAAUAAUAAUAAUGAUAAUGAUGAUUAUAAUUUUGAUUCUUCCUCCAUGAUAAUGCUACAUGUUAGGUUAUGUGUAGCUAACUGGAAGGCAGUUGAGUUUUAAGUUUUGGAGUGGCGUUGGCAUGGUGUGCCUACCAGAAGCGUGUAAUAUGGUGGGGACAUGUGCACUGGUUGUAUGGUGUGUUUGUAUAUGUGUGUGAGUGUGUGUGUGUGUGUAUAUGUGUGUGUGUGUGUACUUUCAAUAGAGCUGCAAAAUUUUCAUGCAACUCAGAGUUUCGUGUUCCCAUUCGUCAGGCAAUUUUGAUGGAUACUGAAUUAAAAUCACGAUUGUAAUUUAGUAUUCUGAUGAAAUGGGAACGUGAAACUCUGAGUAACUGUUUUGUGAAAAUUUUGCAGUUUUAAUAAAAGGAUAUUACUCUACCUUUGGUAGUUGAGUACUUUUUUUUCGACCUACUUUUGCAUUUAUGUGCCUAC